UUGCAUCACAGCGCUUAUACCCGCAAGGACGAAAACACGGCGAAAAACUUUUCUGUAAUUUCUGUUUUUCGCCUUAUUUUUGUCUCUACAGGGACCAGUAGAUGUCCUGAGAACCGGUUUUGUGAAACAGGUUGAUGCAAUGUUGGUGGCAUCAGGGCAGCUCAAGCUGUCAGAGCUUCACAAGAACCGGACCAAAAACAGUAAAUCAAAUGACCUCUCCAUUGAAGAAGUUGUUAUUAAUGAUGCCCCCAUGAGUGCCAGGAAUUUCCUUACUAGGUCAUCAACACAAGAGGAGAUUAGUAAAAUGUCUGGUGCUGCAGUGUCGACACGUGGCAGAUACAUGACCCAAGAGGAACAAAAAAACCCAAACAAGAAUCCAGGUGAUCGCCCUCUCUACCUCCACAUCCAGGCAGUGAACCAACAAGAUGUGAAAGGUAUGGGGGCAGCAAAGGGACUAGGCAGUGCUUUCUUCAUUCAGUGUUAGUGAUAAUGAUGCUUAGAGGAGCUUUGUAUCAUGGUGUUUGUUUAAAGUUGAUAUUUUUUCUUAUUUCAGCUUAGAUUAUAUAUAUUUGAAAACAGUAUAAUUUUGAAAAGUAUUUUUAUGUUUUUUUUGCUAUGUGUUAUCUUUUUUUAUCUUUUCAUUUAGGAUGGAUAAAAGCUCAGUAUUCAUAAUCUUCAUUGACUUUUAAGCCUGCAAGAAAUAAGUUUAAGGAGUGAGUGAUGUGAACAUAAGGUCAUGGGGAAAAUCUGGCUGUGGUCCUAGGUAGACACAAACUUUCUGUCAUGAGCAUUCCGAGUGAAGGCCAUGGUGACAGAAAGGAUUUGCCACAUUUGCACAAAAUUUAGAAAGAGCUUUUGCAUUAUUUCCAUUGAUAGAUGAAUGUGGAAUGUAAUGUCUAUAAGCCAUAACUGGAAGAACUCUGGCUCCAGGGAUGACGCUAUUUCUAUGCUCAGCAUCCUCUUCCUGGCUGCUGUGACUGCAUUUUAUCCAGUAUUCUGUGAAUGGAAUGUUCUUGUAUGAAACAUAGUCUGAAAUUGGCUUGUGAUAUUAAACAAAUAUUUUCACCGACAACUAAUAUCAUCCAUGAAAAUUGUUUAAAAGUUUGGAAAUAUUACAAUGAUCUUCCUAGUCCCAAUAUUAUAUUGAUGACAAAGUUUAAUCUUUUACAUGUUUGUCAAGAGAUAGAUGAGUUUUCGUUAAAUUGAUAAAUAAAAAACCUAAAUUUGAAAAGGGAAAAUAUUAAUUAUAUAUUUUGUCUAAAUGUAAAUUGUAAGGGUUUCUCAUCUAAUACAUGUUCUCUGUGUGGCUUCCUUAUGAAAUUUGUGAAUGGCAAAUUACCUUAUUGCUUAAUGGGUUGUGUAUGGUGAUGCACUGAAUCACAUUGAAUUGAUCUCCUUAAAAAGAUUUCAUGGUCUGCAGAGGAAGAAUUUAGGUCAGAAAUUUGUAACAGGUUGUCAGAUAUACCAUUAACCCAUUAACACCAGUAUGUUUUGAAGCCGAAAAUGAAAGAUUCCAGGCGGCUACAAAAUUGGCGGGCGGAGCUGACCCAAAAUUGGCGGGCGGAGCUGACCCUCUGUCCGCGCCCGCCUGCCGUGGCCCGCUGCUGCGUCGGAGCGUGAGCCCCAAUACAGCGUUACACUAGCAGUAUGCCUGCUCAUAUGUGGGACACCCGUCA